UAGCAUGUAAAAAAAAAAACUUCUGCAUCACACAAAUUACACUGACACAUGAAUAGCUUUAUAGGAGAAAUUAGUGAAAUGCCUUUUGUUGCACUUCAUUUGGCUGAAAGGGGAGCAUGGUGGCUUAGUGGUUAGCAUGUUUGCCUCACAUCUCCAGGGUUGGGGGUUGGAUUCCCAUCUCUGUCCUGCAUGCACGGAGCUUGCAUGCUCUCUCUGUGCUUUGGGGGUUACCUCUGGGUACUCUGCUUUCCUCUCCUGGUCCAAAGACAUGCAUUGUAGGCUGAUUGGCAUCUCUAAACGUUCUGUAGUGUGUGUCUGUGUGUGUGUGUGAUUGUGCCCUGUGAUGGGUUGGCACUCUGUCCAGGGUGUCCCCUGCCUUGUGCCCCAAGUCCUCUGGCUCUGAUAGGCUCCAGGCUCCCUGCAACCCUGUGUAGGAUAAGUCACACAGAGAAGGGAUGGAUUUGGAUGAAAUUACAUGUGAUUGUAAAAAGAUUUGGAAGUGUAUCCAAUGUAAAAUGAAAUACAGUAGGUGGUAGGUGUUCUAUAGCAGUGGUGUUGGACAAGCAAGCAUUGUAGGCCAUGAUAAAUAUUUUGGGUUGCUAACAUCCCCUAUUUCCUCUCUAUGCUAUAACUCCAUCUUUUAUUAUUUUUCAAAUUAGACCCCUCCACUGCCACUUCGCUAGUAUUCUUCAAUCCUUUAUUUAUCAAUAUCAAAAUGAUAUUGUUACUGAUAUAAUUGUAAAAUUAAAAUUUCCUUUAGAUAAAUGACAAAAUAAUAACAUACAAUUAGCUGUGGACAGAAAUCUGUAAUGAUUAGUUUAAUACGGUGAAAUGUCUGACACAAUAUUUGUGUACAAUAUUUGUAUGUGUUAAUAAUAGAAAAAUAUAUUCAAACUGAUUUUAAUUUUAAAUUCACCUUUUUCCAUGGUCUCAUGUUUUAGUUGGUGUCUAAGUGCUGUUGCAAAUGAAUAAAGUUAUCUAUAAAAAGUCGACCCACACAUGUAUGUAAAGAUUACUUGUAUUAUGUCUAGCACUCUGUGAAAACACUGAAACACAACUCUCUUGAUUAAUAUAAUAAUGUUAAUUAAAUCAUUAAUUCAGUGUUGAUUAAUUCAGUUGAAUCUGAAAGGCCAGAAGUUGUUAAUUAAUUCUCUAUAACAAAAGCUCUGAAAGUAGUGCCUGGAUAGGUUUAUAUUAAUGCGCUCAUUCUUAAACGUUAUCGUUUCUAUAGUAACAACUAAUUAACUUUAUUUUUUCCUUUUUAAAUUUAGGUGAAGUUAAUAAGAGAGGCUGGUGAGGGAAUGACUGAUUAUAGCUGCUAUAAAGUAAGCGAUAACAGGAAGUAACAUUAAAUGAAAUAAUUUGAGUGUAAUUAAAUCAUGGCAGUUUGGUUCGAGUAUUCAGCUUAGGUCAGUGUAGUCUGAUGAAACUAACUUGACUUAGAUUUAAACUUCUAAAUUAUGCUCUCACUCUGAAAGGGAAGGCUUGUACCAGCUCAGAGGCUUGUGUUAUUAAUGCUGUGGAAUACAAAACCAAAUGUAUUAUUGGAGCUAUGGUCUGAAUUUUUUUUUUAUUUUUAUUUUAAAAAGAACAUGAACAGAGAGAGAAAUGGAGGAUCUUGAUUUGGGUGAGAAAAAGGGUGGAGAUGUACAGAAUACGAUAGCACAGUUGUGUAUACUCAGGGAGCAAUAUAAACAGGAGAUGCUGGUGUGAUAAGGAAAUUAAGGAAAAGGGCGCAACUCAAAUAAACACAGACUGAUGCCCACACAGACUGUUGGUUUAGAAAGCUACUCAAACACAGCUACUGAAGAGCGGAGGACGCACAUGCCGGUGACUGAGAGUUAGCUAAGAGGCACAAAGCUACGCAACAGUCUGGAGAACAUUUAAGAAAGGACUUAAUACAAGAAGAUGAUCCUUAAUACUAAAAACAGCCUGGACUGGACAUCUGAGUAAGCAGAUUUGAUUUGUGGAACAUCGUGUUUGGAUCAAGAUUUCUCCAGAAACAUCCAGAAAUUGGUUCGGGUUGAAGAUUUGGAUGGUUAAUUGAAUGCUUUAAAGUGAUUUUUGGAUGGUGUCUAGAAAAAUUAAGCUAAUGUGUGAAACUCAUUUGGAAGAUGUCUCAAGAUGAAGAGUGUCAAAAUGAAGGCAUUGUUACGGCACAGUUAAAAGUAGCUUUUGAAAACUUCGAACCAUGAAAGUUGAGAAGAGAAAUGUUUACACCUCUGGAAUCUGAAUUAAUCUAAAAAAAAAAAGACUGAAAGCAACUCUGGCUUCUACUGAAUACAGAUGAUUUAAUCGUUCGUAGUAACCUUGCCAAAAAGCACCAAUGAAACAGUUUGAAUACUCCAAUUCUGAGCAACCCUGGCCUUCUUUUGUCAACCACAACCCUCGACUACAGCUCAACACUUUAGAUUUCUCUGACUUGUGGGAUGAAGAAGAUCUAGACUUGGGCAUUGCUGAUGAUGACCCUUUCCAAAGCAACCAUAUGAAUCCUCCAGUACCUCCACCAGCUCCACCAUUGGCUCCUCCUCUUCCUCUUUCUCCUCAGGUUAAUCCCGUGGCUUCGGGAUCAGGCCGUCGAACUCUGAGGCUCCACUGGAAGGAGUUGUUGAGUUUGCAGCCUCUACCGAGAGUCAGCCGUUUUGGGUCACAGUCCAUUUGGGCUGCUUUGGAACCGGUCCAUCUGGACACGAACAGACUAGAAUAUCUGUUUGAAAGCAAGAGUGGCAGUAAUAAGGCUCUUUCUGCUCUGAAGGGUGGAACACGGAAUCAGCUGUAUGUGUCUGUAUUGGGUGUGAAGCGGAGUAACAUCAUUACUAUAGCCCUGAGCAGCCUGCCUCCUCCCCACUUGCUCCCUCCAGCUAUCUACAGCAUGGACUCCAGUGUUCUGGACAGGGAGGAUGUACAGAGGCUUCAAUCUCUGGUCCCAUCUGAGGAAGAGCUGAAAUUGAUUAAGGAGGCAAAAGCUCAGGCACCACAUUGUCCUCUGGCCCUUGCUGAGCAAUGUCUCCUCACCCUGGGCAACGUCACACACCUGAGUUCCAGGCUUCAACUCUGGGCUUUUGCACUAGACUAUGAUACUCUGGAGAAGGAAAUUGCAGAGCCUCUCUUUCAUCUCAAGCUUGCAAUGGAGCAACUGGCAACCAAUCAGACGUUCCAUUGUAUACUUGCAACCGUACUCGCCAUUGGCAACUGUCUUAAUGGCUGCAAGGCCCGAGGGUUUGAACUGAGCUACCUGGGGAAGCUCUCGCAGGUGAGGGACACACAUAGCCGGCAGCCUCUGCUACACCACGUGUGUGUGUUACUCCUUCAGCUUUACCCACAUUCCUCGGACCUGUACUCUGACAUCACUGCCGUCACCCGGGCCAGUAAGUGUGAUUACGUGCAAGUUCAGUCCAGUCUCUCUGCACUGGAGUCCCUAUGCAAAGCAUCAUGGGAGCAGCUGCAUCUGCUGAAUAAAGAAGGCAUGAAGAAGGGAGGAGGACGAGGAGAAGGGGAUGAGCAGAGAGGUAUUAGUGAGGCAUGCCUCUACCAAAGAUUACCACAAUUCCUGAAGGAGUGUAAUGAAAGGCUGAAGGUGCUUAGAGCUGUCCAUCGACGGGUCAUCAACAGAUUUCACUCCUUCCUCUUGUACCUGGGUUACUCACGUUCCAUGGUGAGGGAGAUGAGUGCGGAUGCGUUCUGCAAAACCGUCAGCGACUUUGCCUUGGAGUAUAGAGCUGCUCAUCAUGCCAUUCUCCAGCAGAAAGAAAGGGAACGAGAACGGGAGGAGAGAGAGAAAGAGGAAGAAAGAAUACGAAGAACGUCCGCUUCUACAGCCAAAGCUAAGGCUAUAGAAAGCCCGGCUCCAGAUUGCGUGGAGCAGUCGAUGCUAGAGGAGGUGCUGAACACACCCACAUCACCCUCUUGCUUUGACCUCAGUCUACCACGUCACCGCAGCAGGACACCAAACACCAGAGGUUGCUUUCCACGAAGAAUGAAGUGGUAAAAGAAAGUGUUCAACCUGCUUCUGAUAACACCCAGCUAGUGUCUAUGCUAUCUAAUGAACUUCAAACUAGUUAAAUACACAGCAGUUAAAACAAACCUGUUGAGAAAUACUUGAAAAUGAGACAUUCCUUCAUUCACAGUAAAGCUACUUUUUUUUAUUCCACAUAUAUGUAUCUGCUCAAA